AUGUCGGCGUCCACGGCGCAGUCCUCCGCCCUGCGGCUCAUGAGCGACCUCAAGACGAUGAAGCAGAGCCCGCCUGAAGGCGUCAGCGCGAGCCCGAUGUCGGAGGACAACCUCUUCGUGUGGGGGGGCACGGUCUUCGGUCCCGACGACACAGCUUGGGAGGGGGGCAUCUACUCGAUGCGGCUGACGUUCACCGAUCAGUACCCAGACAAGCCGCCGCGCGUGCGCUUCACGUCAGAGAUGGUGCGCGGCAGUGUCCCCGCCAGGGCCGUCCGCAGCGCGGCGGCGGCGCGUGGGGGCGGCGAGUGCCCGGGCGCCCUUCCCGGCCCGGCCCGACCUCCUUCCAUCUCACCGCCACCACCACCUCGCCCUCCGCAGUUCCAUCCAAACAUCUACCCCGACGGCACGCUCUGCAUGGACCUGAUCCAGGACAACUGGUCCCCGAUCUACUCGGUCUGCUCGAUCCUCAUCGCGAUCCGUUCGCUGCUGACGGACCCCAACUGCGCGAGCCCGGCCAACCCCGAGGCGGCGCACCUCUACCAGACGGACAAAAAGCAGUAUGGCCGGAGAGUGCGCCGCGUCGCAGAAAAGUCUGUGGGCGGCUGA